AUGUGUGAAGGGUGUGACACACUGGACACAUCUGCCCAGGUGAGAUGCCCCAGCCAGAUGCUGGCUGAGCAAAGCCGGCUCCUUUUCAUGGGGCUGAUCUCUGGGACAGUCCUUGCCUCCCCACUGAACUCCAGGCAGGAUGUCACUUGCACCCCACCUCCAGAGCCACAGAAACCAGUCAACCACAUGGCAAUGAGCAGGCAGAAGCAGUUUGCCAUAGCACACGAUGAUUUAGUCCUUGCAGAUCCAUGCCCAGUGAUCCACAGGCCCACCCACACCAUCAGAACUCAGAUCCCUGGCUCCCUGAUCUCCUUGGAGAUUAACAGAGUCAUCUACAGCAAGGCCAGCAGGGAUUCAGUCCUUCAGGACUGCCCUGGGGCCCAAGGGUUCCCUUUGGAAGGUCACAGAAGCAUCUCCCGCUUGGCAAGCAGCCCCAGGGAGCAGCAGGCUGGCAGUGGAUCCGAUGAUUCCCUGCAGUGUCUCUGGGACUUGGAGCUCUGUCAGCAGCAACUUGAGCUGAGCUAUUCUGAGGCACCACAGCGCUGAGUGUCAAUGGUCAGUUACUGCCCCGGGCUGCCAGGGAGGAUGCAGCUGAUUCCCAAGGAGAAUACCCAAAUCCUGUCAAACUGAGAGGCACAAGCUUUUCCCAGCAUCCAGGGCUGGUUUGCAAGCAUCCUUACAGCUGGAUACACCACCCAGGUGUUGGUGCUGUCAGUGGCUGAGGGCUGGUAACUCUGCUCUGACAGAAAACUCAACUCACAGGAGUUCUUUGUCUACGGCUCUUUCUGCUCAUGUCACCAGGGUGAGACUCAUGGCACAAACCAGGGAACAGGAAGAGACUUCUCAAGUUAAUAACAGUAAUAGAAAACAGAAAUUGGGCCAGCUCAGGAGAAUCCAGGAGGAAAAAAGAAAAAAAGUGGUGGAGGAGGUUGGAUCAAUGCUGAUUUUCUUUCACACACCAAGGAUGUGUCUGAGCUACUCCUUUCCACAGGUGGAAUAAAGGGCUUUACUCUGUCCUACCAGGUUCUCUUUCCUGCACAGCUGUGAGUGCUUCACAACCUAGGAGCUGUAUUUGGCUCCCAUCAUCCUUCCAGCAUCACUACUGUAAAAAAUAUUCAUUUUUAUUUAUAUUUUUAAUCACUGAAUACUCUAAAACAUAUCCACUUCAACCUGUAUUUACCAGCACAACAAUCUAAUGCCAACCAUCCAUUUUCAGCUCACAUCUCUCCUGAAAGGCCUUUGCUGUGCCUGCUUCUCCAAAGAUGAUAAAUAUGUGUAUACUGGGUCACUGGAUCAAUCCAUCACAGUCUGGGAUGUUGCAAGUGGUGAGCAAUUGUGAAAGAAAAAGUCUGUAUUAAUUUAAUCCUUCCUGUAUUAAACAGGCCUGUAGCAUCCUUCAUGUUGUCAGAAGGGAAACAGGCCAGAGGGCAGCAGUUUGUGCAAGCAUCAGAACAGGGGAUGGAAUACCAAAUCCAGAGGCAGUGUGUGACCAUCCUGCCUGGAAGCUGAAAAGAGCUGGAAUAUUCCAGCACAAUACAGAGAAAAAUAUUCUGGGUUCAAAUACCAGCAGCAACUUUAAAGGCAAAGCAAGAAAGACUUCCGCACGUCUCUCUUAUGCAAAUCAUCUGUAACGCUUUAAGGAAAAACAAGC